CUUAAGGAUUUUGUUUGAAAGUAUUCUUGUAACUACACAGAAUCAAAUCGCCGGUUCAUUUUCAACAUGAACGCCGUGAUAGUGUUAAUCUCCAUUCUGGUCUCCUGUAACGCGGGCAGUAAUUACAAAAAAGGUUCAAAAGGUAUACAUUUUGGAGCCGGUGGAUAUGUCGGAGGAGUAGGAGGAGUAGGAGGAGUAGGAUUUGGAGGACUAGGAGGAAUAGGAGGAGCGGGUGGAGGAGGGGGACUUGGAGGAGCUGUAGGAGGACUAUUAGGAGGAGGAGAAGGACUAUUAGGAGGAGGAGGAGUAGGCGGAGGAGGACUACUUGGUGGAGGAGUAUAUGGACCUGUCGGUGGAGGUACAGUGGGUGGAAUAUUUAGAUCAGCGGUAAAAUACGGGACUUGCCCUAAUCCUAAUGAAGUAGACAGUCAACAAAUUGGGCCUUACUGCUUUAACGACGACGGUUGCCACGGGUCACAGAAAUGUUGUCAAAGUAAUGUCUACGGCGGAUAUAGAUGUCAAAUCCCACUUGAAUAUCAACGACCCGGUAGCUGCAAUAGUAAUUUCAUCGACUAUCCUUUCUAUUCAACACGAAGAGCAUGCAAUGAUGACACAAUUUGCCCCUUUUUCGGAAAAUGCUGUAGAAGAAGAUCCUCUGGUCAAAUAGACACAUGUACUUACCCUUUCUUCGGCCCUUAUCAACCUGCACUCGGCGGUCUAGGUGGUUCAUAUAGCCCGGGAGGCGUUGGAGGUGGUUCAUUCGGUCCUGUAGGCGGUGGUUCAUUUGGUCCUGUAGGCGGUUCAGGUGUAGUAAGUCCUCUGUUACCAGUACUUCCUCAAGGAUCUUUCAAGAAGAAGUAUUAAAGAUGUGUCCCUCUUUCCUCAUCUUUGAUAUAAUAAAGUACCUGUUACAAAAAAA